AUGUAUGUGUGUGUGUGUGUGCGCGUGCGUGUAUGUAUGUAUGUAUGUAUGUAUGAGAGCAGCGCGCGUGCGUACGUAUGUGUGCAUUAUCAUCUUAAUUAUAUAUUUAUACAAUCUUUAAUGAAUAUAAAAGCAAUGAUUUGAUCUCUAAUAUGAGAUUGAUUUAUUUUUCAAUAAAUUUAAGCAAAGUAAGAUUUUUUCAAUUUAAUCAUUUUUGUGUUUACAUAUGUAUGUGUAUACUUACAAGGUGUAUACUUACAUAACAUAAGAAAAUUAUCAACAUAUUAUUUUGCCUUAUUGUUUUUUCAAUACUUGAUAAUCAUUUCAUAGAAAAAAGUGUUUAAUAAAUGGAAUAAGAAGAAAUCAGUAGAGAUGAGAUAAGAAUUAUCAUUCUAAUACCACCCACAUAAAGAGGGAAUCUCCCAAACAGAUAUGUUUGUCCUGACAGAAGACAAAAGUACAGAAGGACUUUAUCACAUGUUGUGGUAUUAUUUUGCCGUCAGUUGUUAUUUUCUAAUCUUUCAUAAAUUUCGGUUAAAGAGUAUUGUAGAUGAUGUUCCAAACUUUAAUUAAAUAUGUAUAUAUUUAUUUUUCAGAAUUUAUAUACAUAAUUGUUAUGAAAUUUUCAAUUUUUUAAAUGAAUUUUUGAGCCAAGAUUAUUUUGAGUAUCACGUGACUGUACCUUAGUUUAACUGCAUUAACAAUGUCUGUUAAAGCGCAGUGUUUUAAGUGCGGUUUGUGCGCUGUGUUUUAUCUCAUCAUCUGCUUUAUUUUAAUUAAUAUGAAGAAAAGUUAUAACUUGAAAGAAGAACCAACAAACAACUUGAUAGCGACCGAACGUCAGCUGCAAACAUUCGGGUUCUCGAUUUCAGAUAGGAUAAUUAAGAAUGUCGAGUCGGAGAUCGAUAUGUUGCGGAUAGAUGAGUUGAAGGGUGAAACUAUUGAUCUGCAGAAGAGCACGACUUUGCUCAAACAAGUGUCCAACAUCUGCAUGAAGUACAAUCUGAAAACCCCUCUUGUCAAAAGACAUUUUUUAUAUAACGCUAAACACAGAUCGCUAUACUGUUGGAUUCGUAAAGUUGCAUCCACCAGUUUCACCAAAUUAUUUUCCGACAUGAGCAAUCGUCAAGUCAGUCACAAAUUUUACAGAGAAGUGGACUUUUUAUCGCCAAAGAAUUUGAGAGAUCUUCGAUAUCUUGCUACCAACAAUACUGUUUUUAAAUUGCUCAUCGUCAGGCAUCCGUUUCAACGGCUAGUCUCAUCCUAUAGAGACCGCAUUGAGGAUAACAGCAGAUAUACCGCGCAAUCUUGGCUCUAUGCUCGUCAGAUUCUUUAUCUUUCAAGACCGGAACUCUUUCGUCCUAACGUAACGGGUGACAACAUCCUACAAAGAAUAUUUUUGGCAAAUAAAAGAUUAAAAAUUGUGCCUAGCUUCCGAGAAUUCUUAGAAUGGUUGCUAAAGCAACUCCCAGAUUAUGAUGAUGAUCACUGGGCCCAGUACUAUACUCAUUGCGCAGUCUGUGAUACGAGCUACAAUUUCAUUCUGAAACUAGACGAAUAUACUUUCGGGGAGGUCAAUUAUGUUCUGUCAAAAUUGAAAUUGGACAAAAGUAAGAUUUACCUGCCCAGACUGCAGCGCACUCAUGCUGGGAUCACUAACUUUGAUGUAACAUGCAAAUACUUCCAUAAUCUGACAACCGACAUAAUUCUGCGGCUGUACGAAAGGUACAAAAUAGAUUUUGAGAUGUAUAAUUAUAAAAUAGAUAAGUAUUUGCCUUGUGCUAAGAGAAAAAAUUAAUUCUGGCUUGAUAAUUGAUAUUUUAAUAAUAGAUAUCUCUUAAUCAAUAAAAAAAAGGUUUACAAUUUAUUUUUUAAUUUUUGUUUUUUUUAAUCAUUUUGAGACUAAAACUGUAACAAGACAUUGUGACAUAUAUGACAAGCAACAGAGUAAAAAAAAACUGUAUGACUUAUAAGGAUUAAUAUAAUCUUAAUAUGUAAAAAAAAGUAUAUUUUCGUCUGUAAUGAUAAUACUUACAAUAUGAUAUUAUGAUUUAUACUUACUACACAAAAUUAAAUGGAUGUUCUUAAUAAAAAAAAAAAAAA